GAGAAAGCAGGGCGCCAUAUAACACUGCACUGCUUUGGAGAGUGCAGUUAUGGCGUGCUGCCCCCAGCAUGGCUCAGCGGCAUGUGCUCUGGUGUUCCACAAGGUACCAUGUUAUUCCAUGGAGGGGUCUUCCAGUCCCACGGCAUUAUCCUCUCUACGACAGUGCACUGUGUCCCCCAGUACAGUGCUGUGAUCCUCAGCACAGCCUCCUACUUCAGAUGGAAAUAAAGGGACAGGCGAAGGGGCUUCCCUUGCUGAGGAGGGUCGCGGAUCCCAGGAGGAGUCUGGAAGGUGGCGGAGUGGGGACGGUGUGCUGUAGCAGCUCCUCUCUGAGGUCUUUGAUUAUAAGGCAGAGUCUCAUCUUUCGAAAAGAACUGAGGCUCCAGCACCCAACAGCAGACUGCAGACUCUCGAUGGGAUUUUGCCCUUUUGCCCCCUCGAAUGAUCCCCUGAGCGGCUGCCCCUCCAGCCUCACCUGCACCGAUGUACCUCACGGUACCAAGGCUGCUGCUUCACAAGAGGAAAGCCCAGAUCUGAAGGAUGCCGGAAAAGCAGGUGUUCAGAAAGACAGAAAACAGCUGGGGGGGGGGGGGGCAGAUGAGCUGCCCAGCAGGUCGGUACAGAGCCAGCUUUGGAUAUGCAUGAGUGGAGCUCACCAACAAGGAAAAGAAGAAGGGCAGUUCUUGGUGGUUCCAUGCCCACGUUGGGAAAACACCACCUAGAGAAGGUUUGUGUCAUCUCUCCAUGCAUCUAACCCCCUUAGCCAUCCUCUGGGUCCUCAAGCCUGAGCUAGAAAUGAGAAAGAGGAAGCUGGUGCACAGUGGACAGAGCACUGGGCCUAGCUAGGGUCAGGAAGACCUGAGUUCAAAUCCAGUCAUCCAGAAGGAGGAAGCUAUCUGGCUCCAGACAGAAUUCUGAAGUGUACCUCGGGAUCGGUCCCUCCAAACUGACCCUUGGAAUGGUGUGUUUUCUGGUCUGCUGUCUUGGGUGACAUCUUAGGAGAGAGGAACUCAGAGGAAGCUUCAUUGUAGUGAAAUAUCAGUUCCAUGGAGCCCUUCCCCACCCCAACUGCCAUCUGGAACUACAUGUGUCUUAUAUGUCUACAGAACAUGCACAAACCUGUUGUUCUUAUUCUGGUAUUGAGUUUGUGACCCUGGGGAGAGAGUAGGAGAGGCAGGAUUCCAACCCAGAUCUUCUGGCUCCCAAGCCAGCUCAUGUUCCAUGAAAUCUGGCUGCUCAUAGAGCUUCUGACACAUAAAAGUCGUUUCAGAAUGAACUCGGGACUCGGAAUUUGGAUGACUGGGGGACAGGCCCCGAAGGGGGUUCAGUCAGAGGAGCUUCAGUUAUGAUAGUGUGUAGGGGGACUGGGGACAGGCAGGACUUGGGGUACAGCCCAGCUUGCUAGAUGGUGGAACUCAGAUCAAACUGUUUCUUCUUCUUUCCCCUACUGUGAUAAAGGAUGGAGAGGUUCUUCCUAUCCAUAACCACAGCAGCAUUCUCCAUAGUGGGGGCUUAAUGAAGGCUGAACUGAAUGCAAUUGCAUCGAAUGUGUUUGGAAUUGAACCUGUAGCACCGCUCCUCCUUGGGGAGCUGGAAGGAGUCUUAGCUGAGGUCUAAGUCCUUCUCUUUGCCAAUGGCCGGCCUUCCAGGGCGGAGACUCCAGAGGAUGUUUUGAUCCCCUUCUUUCUCCGUGCUCUUGGCCAGGAACUAGGCGUGACUCUGUCAAUGUUGGAAGAACCUUGGUGCAGAGGGGCCCAUCCACGCAGCUGGCACAGGUUGGAGAGCCCAUGGUCAGGGCACCUUUGGGAAUGAGGGCUUCCCUAACACCGACAUCGUUGUCCUGGUGAAUCCCUGAAGACCAGUCAUGGUGCCCCCGGACUGCUGUUACUGUCUCUCCUCUUACUACUAGCUCAACGACCCUCCCUCGGCAACAUGAAGGCGUUGGACUGUAUCUCCUCUGAAACCCCUUUGAGCUCUGGGGCUAAGAUCUGGGGACGCUUUCCUCGUCGAGCACUAAGAGAUCAACUGAGACUUUGAGGAAGAGUCCAGGGCGUCUUGCAGGCUGGAAAUGCUGGUGCCAGUGAUCUCCUUUUAGGUGGGAGCAGUCUUUGGUGCUUUCCUUGAGCCCAGCUAGUCCAGAUCAGGCUACCUUUCAGGAGGACUUUGUUGGACAGCUCCUUCGUCAAGGCGAGCUUUUUAUCCAGGCAGCCUCCAUUAAGGUGGAUUUGACAUGAUUUCUAGCCCAGGAAGUGAAAGGAUCAAGAGAAGGUGGGGGGUUGAGCCCAGGAUGAACCCCAGGAUCAUGCAGCAGAAGGAGAAAUGACUUUAUAGAUCACUGAAUCUGGCCCUUCAAUGAUACAUGAGGAACCUGGGAUCCAGCUAGGAAGCCGCUGAGGCAGGACUGGACUCCAGGCCUCUGGACUCCAGAGCUAGGAUUCUGCCCACUAGCUGUGCCGCCUCUCUGAGGAAGUCAGUUUUCAUGGAGUUCCCAGUCUCCAGAGAUGGAAGAGACCUUCAAGGUGGUCUCAUCCAGCUUUCAUUUUACAUGUGAACAAGAAGAAAAGGGAAAAGGAGCCCAGCGGGAUGGGAGAGCUUGCCAGGGCAGCACCACUGGCAGACAGAGCUGGGAUCCAAACCCAAGUCUCGUGACUAAAUCCAGUGAACGGUGCUUCCGUCCCACCCUGCCGACUGGCUUCCCAGAGUCUGACCCCUGAUGUCCAGACUGGCCGAAGAUCGUGCGCCAGCUUUCCUGGCUGGGACAUGUUACCGUGGAUCUCGGGCCAUGGAUUUGGAGGAAACGAAUGGAGAAACGGACAGACAUCGACUGGGCCCUUGUUCGCGGGUCGCUGUGCCCAGGGUCGGCGCGCCAGGGAGCCCCGUCUUUUCAGUCCGCCUGCAGUCUGCCUGCAGCGGUGCCAGCCAUUUGGCCAGCCGGAGCCCCUCUGCCCGGGCCGCUGGCCGGAUCGGCCUCCUGCUCCGACAGCGGGAUGCCAGCUGGGCCCUCUCCAAAGCCUGGAAGGACGGUUUUAGGUUGCGCAUGAGAGUCGCUGCCCGUGAAGAGGAGAUCGCGGCGCUUCUCCCCAAAGUGGCCCUGACGAUCCCCUGGACGCAGCACGGCCAGCCCACCUGGGACGUGGGGCCGCCUGCCAUGGCCUGCAAGCAGGUUAGAAACGCUGGAGGGCCUGAGGAAAAGGCCACACUGGAGCGGCGUCCCCCGGCGCAAUGGCGCCCCCCGACAGCACCACAGGACCACCGAAGUCUCUGGACCGGCAUCUCCUCCCCCCCAAAGCCUCGCCCUCUGUCCCUUCCCCGGGACUCAGCUCUCCUCCCAGUGCGCGGCUGCACAGGUCCUCUCUCCACGGCUCCCCCGCUGUCCGGACGAGCUCUCCUGCUUGGCAAAUGCGCGCAGGUGGCCCGGGGUCUCGGCCCUCCUCUUGGGGUCCUGGGGAUGCCCAGAGGACUGCCGGGCAGCGAGGGAGCCCGAGGGCCGCCUUGUCCGAGCUCCAGGUGGACGGAGGAGGAAGCGGGCUCAGAGCCGGCUCCCAGCUGCCUCGGGGACUGCAAGGACGACCUCCGCGGCCCGGAGGGAUGUCAGCGCACACAGAGAUGCCCCUCCUGGUGCUUCUCUGGGCGGCGACUCCGCCGUUCAUCCCCAGACCCUGGAGGGAACAGGACGGCUCUGGGAACGAGUCUGUGUCUGCCCGUCACCCCAACUCUGGCUGGGAGCGACAUGGAGCUAAAGGCCGGCCGUGGGCGAGCCAGAGACGAGUCGGGGAUCCCCUGGCCGACUCGGAGGCGCUCAUGCCUGGCUCUCUGGACUGCUCCAGAGGACUUUGGAGGGAAGAAGCGCUCUGGGGCUCAGUCAGACGGCCACCCCUCUAGCCAAUGGCCUUGCCCUGCCCCCUCGUCUCCAUGGCAGCCGAGGACGGGCAGCAACCCUGCUCUUCGUCUCUCCGUCCCUUGUCUGGACUCCAGUGAGCAGUGCUGUCCAUGAACAGCAGAAGGCCAAAGGCGGGACUAAGGUGGGGGGCAGAGCCCAGCCCCCCCCCCAGGAAAGCUGGACAACCCAAGGGGAACGUCUCCUGGCCCCGCAGUCCUUCGCUGGCUCACCCCACGUGCCGACGCGGUAGCCGGAGGAAAAGACCCAGAGACCGUCGGCUCUCCCUCGAGGCCCCCGCCGGUCCCCUGGCACGCGUGCCCUGGUGGAAGGCAGGCUGGGCACAGAGGGGAGCAAAGGAUGCUGGUCCUCGCCUCCCCUGAAGCCACCCCCAUGAGCCCCAGAGGACCGGAGGAGGCCUUCUAGUCCAGCAAUCCUUCAAGGGAAGAGGCCGUCCGGAGGUCUGGGCUCCUCCCGAGCCAAGUGCUUUGGGGGUUUCCGCAGGCACCGUUUGGCCUGCUCAGACUCGUGCCAACAACCACAGUCUGAGGGGUUGUUUGUUGACUGACUGCAGGACUUUCAUGGGACCCUCUGGGGCCCUCUGCCUCGUCCACACCAUCAGCAGUGUCUACACUGCCUCUCCAGGAUGGAGGAGUCCAGAAGCCCAGACAAGAGGCUCAAGAACCGUCUUGACCGCGUCUCGUUCUCGCGUCUCCAGCCCUUGGCCCGGCCUCCUCCCUGGCAUUCCCCGGAAGACUGUCCAUGGAGGGAGCCUCGCUAGCGCCGGGCACGUGGGGACGGUGGGGGGGCCCGUCCGGGCCAGAAGGAUCCCAUUGGCCACAUCAGCUGCCCGGAGGCCCCCCCAGCCUCGCUGGACAGCCUCCAAGGAGGGCGUCUGCUCUCAAGUGCUGGAGAGACGAGCCAGGGAUGGCGAGGGGGUGAGGAGGGGCCUCAGCGCAGCCCUUAGCUCUGUCGCUCCUUCUGUCCAGGGCUGCGACUGCGGCUGCGGCGCUCACACCGCGGCUCUGUGAUGGGGUGAUUCUGCAGGCCUGGGGGGGAGAGUCGGGGAGGGAACCGCCCGCACCACACGCGCUACAAUGCAGUGUCACCCCGAAGGCCAAGAGGGGAACACAAAGGCCCACAUCAGGGACGGGCUUGUUCCAGAUCCCAUGUCUAGCAGGAGGCUGAUCCAGGAUUUGAACUCAGGUCUCCUGAGGUCAGACUGAGCUCUUUACAACAAGAAGAGGCUGUAGGGGGGGAAGGAAAGGGUUGGAGUGAGCCAGCCAGCCGGGGUUUUAAUGGCCUUUGACACCCCUGAGGUGACCGCUAAGAUCAAACCCCUUUACUCCUCCCAUCAGACCCGACCGGAUGAUGUAGAGCGACUGGCACGGGCGCUGCUGGCCUGGAUCUGCCCCGGGAGAGCCUGAAGCCCCGGGCCAGCUUCUCCCUCUGUCCAAGCGCCAUCAGCCCAGGUCUGGGCCCGCAGCUUUCGCCAGCCUUCCUUUGGCGAUCCUCCCGCAAGUGACCAAGUGAACCUCCUCCACUGACUUGGGGAAGCAAAUCGCGGAAGUGUUGGGUGACCACUUGGCUGGUGCUCGUCUGCCUUCCCCACAUUCGCCUGCCCAAGGAGCUCAUUACCUGCAGAUGCGUGGAGUGGCGCAGCCCUGGCCAGGCUGCCCGUGAUGCAGAGUCUCACCAAGAUGUGAAGAACAUGCCCGAGCUCAGAAGAGCUGGGCUAAGGCUGGCCCAGCCACUUGGCAUUGCUUUACGUGGAGGAGCCACGGAGAGGCUGGUGGGCUCAGUUUUCUCAUGGAUAACUUGGGGGAACAACGGCCACCCUUCCUUCCUCACAGGGCUGUGGGGGGAGAAAGCCCUCGAUGGAUGGAAGUCAUUGCUGCUUCAAGGAGAAAACGCACUCGUGUAUGGGAAGACAGUAGACACUCCAUAGAGGUUUGCUGAGUGACUGCCUGAAAGGCUUGCUGGCUCCGGGACAGGCUAGUUUUAUAAAUAUGGGAUUAAAGGAAGGGCAUCCCAUUUUAAGUCAGGCAGCAAAGUUAUGGAGACAGACCACCAGGAAGGAGAGAGAUCAUGGUCUCAGUCCCACUUGGCUUGCCUGUGAGACCUGGGGGAAACCAUUUCUGCUCCCUGGGCCUCAGUUUCCCCAUCUGUAAAAUGAAGGGAUUAGGCCAGAUGGUGUGGGAGAUCCCUUCGGUCUACAAUCCUAUGAUAAUACCUCCCAAGAGGCAGGAGUUACUACAAUAGAGGCUGGCUUGGGUGGAAAGAAGGAAGGAAAGAAACCCAACAGGCUCCCCAUUAGUGAAUGCCAGACUGGGGGUUCCUGGAGAGCAGAAUCUUUAUUCCUUAAGACUGUGCAUGGAAAGCAUCUUGCAAGCCCUACAGUAGAGAAGAGUCCAGAGGGAACACUUAUGUCCCUGUCCUCAUUAUUCCAUGUCCAUAGUCUGAAAACAGAGCUUUGUCCUCAGUGUGGCCAGUUUGGAUUUAACUGACCCCAAAGCGUUGUACUCUAUGAAAAGAACAUUGGGUUGGAGAUGAGGCCAAUGGUAUUAGGAGCCUGGAUCCACCUCUUCCUUCAUGGGUGAAUUCCAAUCUGUGCCUCAGUUUCCUUAUGUGUAAAGUAGGGGGAGGGUGUGGUCAGUCCCAAGGUUCCCUCCUUCAGAAGCAGGCUCUCAGGUGGGCUUACCUUCUUUCUGGGCUCUUGCUCUUUGCUCUCUAACAGCUGCCAGGUCACAGAUGCAAGAGCAUCCCUUUGGGCUCAUUGGCCUCAAUCACGAUCACCUUGUUACCUGGAGGAAUCAUUUCUGAAUUCUUUGCAACGGUGAUGGCAGUCUGAAGGUUGUCCCCUGGACAAAGACAUCAGUGUUCCUUAUUUCACGCGUGAUGCUGAUCCCAAGGAGCCCCUCCUGCGGGAAGCCCUUGGGUGAGUCCUGGCCCAGCCUGGGAGCUGGCACAAGCCCCUCGGCACAUGGGGAGUGCGGCUGAUCUCAAAGUCUGACACAGACGAUUCUAGCCACCGUCUUAGGGAACUUCCACCCAUUGUCGGCUCACCGGGGCUUCCCAGCUCCCUUCCAGGGCCACCUUCGUUAGCCGCCUUCCUCCCAGCUCUUUGUAGACCACUGCUCUAUGUACACACACCUCCGCUCAGGAAAGUGGAAGCCUCUUGAGGGCAGAGACCCUUCCAGUCUUGUCAGCGCCCACCAUUGGGGCAAAUAGGAGGCAUUAACGAAGAUUUGCUGAGAAACUCCAACGCUUCUCAUCCUCAGACAACAUCCUCUCACUUCCGGCAGACCCAGAAUCAGGGCUGGAAGGGGGCGCAUCUAGUCUAGUUUCGGUCCCUUGUUUUCUCCAUGAGGGAGCUGAGGUCUCAAGGGGAAGGGACUUGUUUCUGGUCCCCCAGGUCACCAGUGACUGAGCUGGCAGGCAAACACAGAUAUGGGGUUCUGAUUUCCAGGUCACAACUUUUCUCCCCGCAUAUUCUCCCAGCAGAUCUGUCUUGCUUUACACAGCACAGAUGUUCCAGAAAAUGUGCAGGGAAUCUGGAAUUUUUGUGGCUCAGAAGUGCAUGAGGAUUUUAUUAAGCACGGGGGAAAGAAAGAACAUUGAGUUUCGACUUGGGUUCAAAUCCCGACUGUAUUUUACUUCUUGUGCAUCCACGGGCAAGUUGACUUGUCUUCUCUUGGCCUCAAUUUCCUCAUUUGUAAAAUAAGGCUUUACAUAAGAUGACCUCGAAAGUUCUUUUCCCAUUAGUAGGAACUUCCUUUCUAGAUCACCCCUAAGUAGACAGCCAUUGUGUGCUAUCAGGAAGGAAUGUAUUCAUCACCCAGUGAGCCACUACUUUCAAAUCCAGAACUCACUACUAUUUACACAAAUGCUGACAGGGAGGGGGGGGGGGGAGUGCUAUCUUAAGGACCAGAGUUCAAAUCCUCUUCUCCCUGUGUGACCUUGGAUAAGUCAUCUCACUUUCCUCCUCAGUCACAUGGGUGGUUGGGGGGGAAGAACUUUCCCAGAUUCCUUGAAUCAAUCAAUCAGUAAACAUUUAAGUGCCUACUAUGUAUCAGGAACUGUGCUAUGUUCUAGGAAUACAUAAGAGCAAAACAGGUCCUGGACUCAAGGAGUUUACAGUUUAUGGUGGUAAAUAAACAUCCCGCUCCACCAUUCUAGAAGCCUCAUUUAUUUAUAUAAUUGGCUUGGGUGUGUGUAUUUUGGAAGGACCACUAAAAAGAAUUGGUUCCCAAUUAACCUGAAAUAGAAGCAAGGAAGGAUGGCACUCCAGGUGGAGGAGAUGGCUGGGACAAAGGCAUGGCAUCCCAAAAUGGAGUGUCACAUGCGGGCAACAGAGAGAAAGCCAGUUUGACUAGACUGUAGCAUGGGGAGGGAAUUCUUAUCUAAUGGUGCCAAAGACCUGAUUGGGCAAUUGAUAUCGGAUCACAGUGGGCAACGUUCUGCUUCAGAUGUGUCUCUGAGCCAUCUGUCAGGGAGACAAGAAAACAUUUCCACCUCCACUGUGUGCCAGGCCCUGAGCUAAGCCACCAUGUCACCGGUCACUGGGAGAAUCACGUCUUUAACUGGGAGGUCUAUCUGGAAGAAGAGGCUGAGCGCAGUGCCCAGCACACGGUCAGCGCUAUGGAAAUGGUUCUUCUCAUCCCCAAACACAAGGAACACAGAACGAGGCCCAGGACAGUCUCUGCCCUCAGAGGAGUUCACAGGCUAA